AUGUCUUCCAUUUUUUGUUGCUCUUCUCCAUCUCCUUAUCGACCGGCCCAUCUAACACACGAGGCUAAGUUUAGCCCGUUUAUUGCUUGGGCUAAAGGAUCCGAAUCAACCCCCUCCGCUAUUUCAGCUUCGUUCUUUCAGGAUCCGAAUAAUCCGCCACCUUACGCAAUUCAGUUUGUUCGACAAAUCAAUUUUGGUGCUAUUGAGGCCAGAAGAUAUUUCAUUCCUCUUCCCGAAUCAGUUGGGGGUCGGGUUGAAUUUGUGGAGAUUGCCGAGCAAGAUUUGAUCGCUGGGAAUUUUCAGAAGCUCAAUUCAUACAAGAACUUCAAAUGCGAAACGCACAACAAGUUCUUCGAAGUCAACCUGUAUCAGAAGGACCCAGUUAACCUGCACCAUUGGCGAUUCAACAUUGCUCGGCCGUCUAGUGAUAUCGAUCUUUAG